AUGCCUAACCAGCAGCGGCAGCGAAAUGGUUUUUCCAAAUUCUGCCGGCGAAGGAUUAGCACAGUGACCUCCUUUGUUUGCAACAAUGACGGCAAGCAGAUCCUUCUGAGCCCUGCAUUCCGAGGUAUUGAGAGCCACAUCAAACUUCAGGCCGACGACGUUGGUCCCCAUGGCUCCAUCCUGCGUAAGGAGCACACCACUGACGCGGAUGAUGGAGGCCGUUUCCCCUGUCUUUCCUGGACGCACGGGAACCUGGACCAUCACAGGUCCUACGCUCUGAUUUGUGAGGAUCUUGACGCUUCGUACCCCGACCACAUGCACCAUGGCAUCUUCUACAACAUCCCCCCUGCUCGCAGGAACGCGACUGUCAGCGAUGUUGAGAAACAGGACGGCACCAACACUCCCCGCCUCACCACCACAUCUUGGAACUACGUGAAAACCCACGGCAAGAAGUCGUAUCUCGUGCCUGACCCUCCUGCCAAUGAGGCAACCCAUCGCUACGUCUUUACCAUCAUCGCUUUGAACCUGAUGCCGCUCAAUUUUACAUGCCCGAAGAAAGUCACCAAGAAACAAUUUCACAAGGCAAUCGAGGGAAAGGUGAUUACUUGGGGGCAGUGGAUUGGAUCGUUGGCUCCUCCUACUGACGAUAACGCCACCACUGAUGGUCAGGCCUUCGCUGGUCAGGCUGCCACUGGCCAGGUUUCCGCUUUCGCCGGUCAAGCUACUGCCGGUCAAGCUUCUGCUGGUGAGGCUUCCACGGGUUGCACUGGUGAAGGAGGCGUGACUACGACCGCGACCUAG